AUGGCUCGGCGACUCAAAACCAUACCGGAUGCAAGUAGGGAUUUAAUAAGUGAGCUGCCCUUAGAGGUAAAGAACAGAACUUUGGGGUGUUUGCGCACCCCAGAGGCCGCCAGAACUGCUCUGCUCUCAAGGCACUGGAAUGAUGUUUGGUUGCAGCAUGGGCGGCUUAUGUUCGAUUGGGAAUUCUUGCAAUGUGUUGAAGAGUGCUAUGAUGAUGAAGGUAGAACUCUCGUGAACAUAAUCAAUAAUAUCCUCUUUUUUCGUGAUGGGCCGGUUAAGAAAUUUACUCUACAGAUUUCAUGUGAUGAUCCUACGCCGCAGCAGUCUGAUUUUGAUAGGUGGUGUCUUUUUUUGUUAAGAAAUGGUGUGGAGGAACUUAACAUAUGUUUAGAUACUGAUGUGCAGGAAUAUAAAAUGCCAUUUUGUUUACUCUCUUGUAGGACAAUUAAGGAACUGAAAGUCCGAGGUCCCUCUAUUGAUUUGCCUGUAAAUGCUUGUGGUAUAUUUUCCAAUGUCACUUCAUUAGCUUUCUACAAUGUUGAAUUUAAGUGUAGUGUGAAUGGAAUUGCUUCUAGUAUUAGUAUUCCUAAACAUGAGAAACUGGCUUUCGGAUGUUGUCAAGGGAUCCAUAAGUUUGAGAUCAGUCCUCCAAAGCUUGAAAUGUUGUCUGUUGUUAAUUAUAUGUAUGAUGAUGUGGUUGAGUCGAGAUGGUUGGCGCCACAUUUGAAAGCCAUUAAGACUCUUUGGUUGUGUUUUGUUUUUGUGCAAUCUUGGCAUAUGAAUGCCUCCGAGGUGAGAAACUUCCAAAGGAAGUUGGAAUGCUUCCCUCGUGCAUCUCCAAAUGCACAAAUUGUCUGCACGGGCAAUUACUAUGCGUCUAUGCGUGAUGACUGGUUGGAUACCCAUGGUUUUAUCCUUUUAGAACCUUAG